CUUGAAAUUCUUAAAACCUCCAGGGACAAUAUGUGUAAAAUGUUCUGACUUCUGAAAUUUUUAUUCAGGAAAUGCAAUUUGUAAGGCAUUUAAAUUGGACAUAAGGUAUUGGUCCCCCAGAAAAUUGGAAGAAAAGAACAGAUUAUCCAGUAAAAUGGAUAUUAAAAAUAUACUUAGAGGGAGAAAGACCACCCUUCCUACAGAACCAUCCAACUCCGUGAGAAUUUUCAUAAGUUCCACUUUUUCAGAUAUGGCAGAAGAGCGUGAUAUGCUUAUGGAGCUGGCCUAUCCGGAGAUACAGGCUUUUUGCCAGAAGAACGGACUCACAUUUGAGGUUGUAGAUAUGCGGUGGGGAGUCCGCGACUAUGCAACUGUAGAUCAUAUGACAACAGAGCUAUGUAUGAAAGAGAUCGAAUUCUGCCGGCGGACAUCAAUGGGGCCUUUCUUUAUUGGUCUGGUUGGACAGCGUUAUGGUUUCAGACCCAUCCCUAGAAUCAUUAAUGAGGAGGAAUUCAUCAUUCUCUAUAACAAGAUUCAAAGAAAUGAUUCUGAUGCUCAGCUAUUGACUCACUGGUUUUGGAAAGAUAUGAAUGCAGUUCCCCCCAAUUACAUCCUACAACCAAUCACAGUUCACCUUCCCUACUAUGGUGACACUAAUCCGGCCCGUGCAGAUCUACAAAUGCAGGAUAUGAAAAAAUGGAGGUGGAUAGAAAGACAGCUCACUUUAGCCCUUCGAUCAGCUGCCACUGAUGCACAGAAAGAAGGACUAAUUACGUCAGAACAAAAACACAAAUAUUUUAAGUCAGUGACUGAAUAUGAAAUUGAAGCUGGUCUCUUGGCCUCCAAAACCAAUGAGUUGAGGUCAGUGAUGUUUUUCCGGGAAGUGAAGGAUCUGGAGUUCAGUGCUAAACGUUCCAAAUAUCUGGAUGUCAAAGAAGAUGGCAGCUUGGAUACAGAAGCUCAGGAAUUUCUGGGUUACCUCAAGGAGAGAAUUGCCCAGAAUCAUCCACAUGAAGUGAAGAAACAUAUAGUUGAAAUAAGCAAACCAACAAAAAGUUCAUACUUUAAGGAACUUUGUGAUCAAGUCAUUGCUGUAGUCAACCAUCAAAUAUUGAACUAUCUGACCAGAGAGAUACCAAGCGAGACAGGAUCAGAGAUUCAGCCCUGGCUGGGAUGGCUAAUGCAAGAAGUAACACACCAUUUAUCCCUAUCGCAUGAGAAAUCACAAAUCUUCUGUGGACAGCAGGAGUUGCUGCAUAGAAUUUUGGGGAAUAUAAAAGAUGAAGCUGAUCGUAUUCGCCCCCCACUUGUGAUUUCUGGUACCUCAGGUUCUGGAAAAACUGCACUAAUGUGCAAAAUUUUCGAAAUGCUAAGAUUAGAUGCAUCCAAUAAUGGAGGUCCUGUUCUGGUGCUACGGUUGCUUGGGACCUCACCUCAAAGUUCAGAGAUCCAUGAUGUCCUGAAGAGUAUUUGCUACCAGGUAUGUUUAGCUUUUGAACUGCCAGCUCCAUCUACCCAAGUCACUAACACUUACAAUGAGACAGUGAGAUUUUUCCACCAACUUCUCACACUUGUAUCUGAGAAGAGGACAGAGCCUCUGGUGUUGAUCUUGGACUCACUCGAUCAACUCUCACAAUCUGACGGUGCCCACCAUCUACAUUGGCUUCCAAAAGAAUGUCCAAUUAAUGUGCAUAUUCUAGUUUCCACUUUACCUGAAGAAGGAGGUAUACUAAAUACCCUACAUGCAUUCAUCAAAGACCCCAAAUUAUACCUGGAGGUGCAGCCACUGUCUCCUGAACAUUGCGGUCAAAUGAUUGAGAAGCUCAUGUCUUUAACUGGUCGCAGUCUGAUUCCUGCUCAACUAGAAAUUGUCUUAAAUAGCUUCAAGAUCUGUGGACAACCAUUGCUCCUCAGAUUAGCUUUUGAUGAGGCCAAAAGGUGGGCAUCUUAUACACCACUCACAGAACUCAAAAUUGCCACAAGCACAAAAGAAGCAGUGCGUAUGCUGUAUCAGCGUCUGGAAGUGCUUCAUGGUAGUGUGCUAGUAUCACAUGCCUUGGGAUAUAUUGUAGCUUCCAGGAAUGGGCUCUCAGAAGCAGAGCUGAAAGACAUACUGUCAUUGGAUGAUGACAUUCUCUCAGAUAUAUACCAGUAUUGGGCCCCUCCUAGCAAUGAUGUAAUCCGAUUUCCUACUUUGUCUUGGACUCGUCUACACUAUGACUUGGAAGGUUACCUAGUGGAGAGGCAGGCAGAUGGUAGUACAGUACUGGGCCUAUAUCACAGGCAAUUCAUUGAAGUGGCUCGGGACAUGUACCUGACUGGCUCUGAAAAAAUCAAAUUGCAUCGUACAAUGGCUGAAUAUUUUAUGGGCACAUGGAGUAUGGGUAAAAAACGUCCCAUUUACUUAGCAUUGAUCAAGAAAUCCCUGAACGCUGACAGGAAGGUUGCACCACAGCCCUUGUGGUUUUCAGGUGAUAGACCAAAUCUGAGAAAAAUGAGUGAGCUUCCAUACCACUUGCUGAAAGCAAAUCGCUUUGGUGAGCUAGAAAGUAAAGUUUUAGGUGACAUGGAUUGGAUAGUCAGCAAAAUUGUCUCAUGUGGAAUUAACAGUGUUAUCAAAGACUUUGAGAUGUCUGUGGGAAGCUUGGAUAACGAUCAACUGCACCUUGUGCUUGAAACAUUGAGACUCUUCCAGCCAACUAUUAAUUUUAUUGAGGGUUCUGUAGACCCUUGCAUCAUAUACACAGAGAUGUUAGCAAGACUACUCUUCUUCAAAGAGUCCUGUUCAUCCCUAAUUGGUGAGCUGUGUCAGCAGAGUAAGUCUUUGUUUGACAAAUAUCCACAUCCCACCUUCAUACCUAAAUGUGGCUUUUUCCAGCCUCCCGGUGGACCGCUGCAAACUACGCUUACUGGCUUCAAAAAAGGCAUCACUGUUACGGAAGUCAGCACAAACCAAGAUCUUCUUGUUGUGGGCUCUGAAGAUGGGACAAUGAUAGUGUGGAACAUUGAGGACAUUGAAGUUAUUCAUACCCUGAUUGGCCACACUGCGGCAAUAACAUGUGUAAAAGUGUUUGGAAAAGGAGCUAGAGCAGUUUCUGGCUCCCUGGACAAUACCUUGCUCAUCUGGAACCUGAUAACUGGCAAAGCAUGCCUGCGAAUUCAAGAGGACCACAGUAUCUAUGAAAAUGCUUAUCUGCACGUUGAUGAGAAGACUGGGAUAAUUUACUCAGCAGCAGGGUCUCAGGUCAAUGCCUGGAAUAUGGAAUCAGGAGAACUCAUUCUAAACUUCUCGCCUGGGGUUCCUAAUGUCCCAAUUCAAGCAGCAGUGCUGUUACCACAGCAGCUUCUAAUCACUGUAACAGAAGGUGGGACGGUUCAUUUUUGGGAUAGUGCCACAAGAGAGCUCCGUGGAUCACGUCAGCUACCAGGAGUGUCCGGAGAGGCAGCAGAACCAGUCUGCAGCUGUGUCAUCCCCAAACAUGGGAAAAUUGUGGUUGGGUUCAAAAAUGGUGCCUUGGCACUGAUUUCUUCCGGUGGGGCUGUGUCAACAGAGAUGAUGCCCAGUGCCCUGUCCUUUGUGGUGGCAGCUGAUGAUGAAUCAUUGUUUGCCGCAGGGUUUGGGAAGCAGGUUCAAGUUUUCCGAGCUGAUUCGAAUAAUGUUAGGACAUUUCUGGCUACCUUCUUGGAACAUCAGGAUAUAGUAGAAUCUGCUGCCAUCAACAGCAAAAAGAACAUUAUAGUGACCGGUUCACGAGACGAAACAAUCAGGGUAUGGAAUUUGUCUCAGAGAGGUAUGCUUAUGGACAGUUUCUAUGGAAUGGGAAUGCCGGUCACUGCAUUGGCCAUGAAAGGCAGCACUGUAGUGUCUUCUUCACGCAGUGCUUACUACCUAAAGUUGUGGAACCUGGAUUAUGAUCAAAAACACAAGACAAUACCGCCGUUCCAAGACCUCAGUGGCUGUGUUACAUUUUCAGAUUCAGGAAACCGGGUGUAUUUCCCAAGGACUGGAGAUCAACACAAGAUUGUUGUUUGGGACUCUGUGCAAGGGCGGAUGGAUGAUUUACUAGAAGCCUCUUCAGAAGUGACCUGCUUAGAAGUUGCAGAGCAGAAGAAGGUUCUGUUUUGUGGUUUGAGCUCUGGCACAGUGUUAUUGUUCCCUCUGGACCAGAGACAAGAUGUUGAAUGCAUACCCCCUCCUGACCUCAAUUUGACUGUGCUGUGUUUGUCACUAAGCAAACUUGAGAGUAGACUUGCUGUGGGUUACCAUAACCUCAUACUUCUGUUUAAUGUUACCCAAGGAAACCCUCUGCCAUCACUGGAUCCUAUAUGCUCAGUUCAUCCAAGUUUCUCCAGCCCUGUGUACCGAGUAGCCGCCCUGGAAAAUGGUCACAUAUUCUAUGGAACAACAGGAGGGGACCUUUGUCUUUUCAAAAGUGAAGAAAAUGAGAGUUGCUCGAUGGAGGGUCAUAAGAGUAAAAUUACAUGUCUGGCAAUAAGUAACAAGGAAUUAUAUGCACUUAGUGGCUCUGACGAUGCAGUCCAACGUCUUUGGAACCUAAAAACCAUGGACUGGGAACAUGAGAUGUGUUACAAGGGAUUCUUUUUCAAUGGUGUUGAUUGUGCCUGCUUCUCCAUGGAUGAUCACUAUAUUUAUACUGGAUCUAAGGAUCGAGCCAUCAAAGUGUGGGAUGUUUUAACUGGUUCACUUCUUGCUGUACAGUAUGUGUACGCAACCGUCACUCGUAUUAUACCUACUACCGAUGGUUUCAUUGGCACCACAAGGCUUGGAUACAUUAUACGAGAAGAAUUCCGGUGCCCAGAGAUCAUCAGCCCUCAGUAUAACCCAAUACAGAACAUCAAGGCUACCUGUACACUUAAUUCCAAGAAACCUAAAGACAGAAACCAUAAAGCUGUAAUAACUUCCAAGCCAAAAAAAUCACGAAUCUGUCAAAUUGUAUAACUAGAUCUCAGUAAUGUCCUAUAUGGUAACAUCUGCAUUUGAAUGAAAAUAUCAGAAUGGUUACUUUGUAGUUAUUAAAUCAUCCAGCGUUUAUAAAAUAAAUAUUUGCUGGGUUUUAUGAAAUUCCUUAAAUAUAAGCAAAACUAAAAAAGGCAGACAAUUUUGUGUUUAGCCAUAUCUGAUAUAUCAGAGCUGUUUUCUCAAAACAGUUGUUCACCAAGACAGAGGAGGCCGGCUGUAUCAUAUAGCCUAUAUAACUGACAGAGAACCAAAUAUCAACAAUAUAACAUAUGAAACUCAGCCAGCCUUUGAGGA